AGGAUAAUAAUUCACUUUCAAGUUCUGUUAUGGGUCAUCAGUAAUGUGAGAGCAUGAAGAAUCCUUUCGAUGAUCCACCCUUGGACCCUGGCGAUAAUGAUUCGGUAGAUAGACCUCAUUCAUGGGCCUUUCGGGAAGAACAAACAAGCCCACCUGAUGUGAAAUUGAACUGCAAUGUUUAUUAUCAUAAAAACAACACAUUUCAUAUCAAUGAAGGCUUUGCUGGAAUCCCUGCCAAUCUACUCAUCAACUUCUGCUGCUGGCUGGUUCUACUCCUGAUCUUCACAAUUCUACGAAAGAGAGCUUGGGAUUAUGGACGUUUGGCUCUGCUGAGGAGAACUGAUAAAAAAUGGACUCAUGUAUUUUAUGGGGGAGAAGAUGAUGGUGACGGAGGAGCAUCUUUGAGUCAUGGUGAUGAUGAAUCUCUGAUCCAGAAUGCCAGCAUUGUGGAUCCAUCAGCCUCUGGAGACAGGGGCAUUUUCUCUUGGAUUCGAGCUAUCUUUGUAACAAAAGAUUCACAGUUCCUAGCUCAUAGUGGUGUGGAUGCAGUGCAGUACCUGUCUUUCCAGAGGCAUGUGAUGGUAUAUCUUUGCAUUGUUUGCCUGGUUGCACUGGCCAUCAUUAUGCCUCUCAAUAUUGGAGGUACUCUGCAAGGGAAUGAUAAGUACUUUGGACAAACAACAAUCAGUAAUCUGAAGCCUAUGUCCCCUUUCUUAUGGGUUCAUGUUGUCCUGUCCAUCUUAUUGUUCCCACUGGGGAUUUACAUAAUGCGCCGGUUUUCUCGGGGAAUACAAAGUUCACCAUAUCAGACUGAUGAUAGCCAAGCCUCUAGAACUCUCAUGAUCUCCCACAUCCCUCGGAAUAGGUGUUCAAAGCAACUGUUGGAGCAGCACUUCCAAGAAGCUUAUCCAGAUGUAGAAGUAGAAGAGGUACACUUUGCAUACAAUGUUGAGAAGCUAAUCCGCCUCUCUUCUGAAAGGGAUGUGGCAGUGCAGGCUCGCUUGUCAGCUGAACAGUAUCAGAAGACUGCUGGGAAACCUCUUUAUAUUUUUCCCUAUGCAUGUGGGAAUUUAUGUUCUUGUUGUUGCCCUUGUGGACCUAUCUGUAGAUCUUCACAGGUGAAUGCCCUCGAGUUCUAUUCUGAAGAAGAAUCACAGCUCAAUCCAGCUGUUGAAAAAGAAAGACUGACUGCUCUUGAAAAGCCUCUUGGUAUUGCAUUUGUCACAUUUGCAUCCAUGCAACAAGCUCACAGUGUGUGGUUAGACUUCAGAGGGCCUUGUGACUGCACUUGUAAUACCAACCCAUGUCCAUCUUCUAUUGGUGGACAAUUGAAGAUAACUCGAUGGGUUGUGGACUUUGCUCCAAGCCCAGAAGACCUUGUCUGGGAGAACUUGAGCCGAAGAAACAAGAGGUGGUAUCUGAAGGCCUUUCUUGUAAACACAGCAUUGUUCUUGGUGUUGCUGUUUUUCACCACACCUGCCAUCAUAAUAAACAAUGAAUACCUGGUUAAAGCUAUUAUCCGUGCUUUCGAAGAAGUUGUUCAGCCUAAUCAAUUUAUAAGCCAGUUCAUUCCAACUCUUCUCCUGUGGACAAUGGCAGCUGUACUUCCUCUCAUGGUGGUGUAUUCUGAUAGAUUCUUGAAUUUCUGGACACGUUCACUGGAGAACCACUCUGUGAUGCGCAAGACUUUCAUUUUUCUUCUCUUCAUGGUUGUGAUUCUCCCCAGCCUUGGCCUCACUAGUGCCAAGGCAUUCCUGGAAUGGUCAUUUCAACCAAAGAAUGAGACUCGGUGGGAGUGUGUGUUUUUGCCUGACAAUGGAGCAUUCUAUGUAAACUAUGUCAUCACAUCUGCUUUGGUUGGAACAGCCUUGGAACUUGUUCGUUUCCCUGAACUCCUCCUGUAUGCCCUGAGGCUUUGUUGUUCCCGGAGUCCAGCAGAACUAGCCGGUGUGAGGCAGGCAAUUUUCUAUGAAUUCCCAUUUGGCAUCAAUUAUGCUUGGAUGCUCACUGUCUUUGCCACUACCAUCAUCUACAGUAUCUCUUGUCCAAUCAUCACUGUUUUUGGCUUGCUAUAUGUGAGCAUGAAGCAUCUGGUGGAUCGCUACAACUUGAUCUUUGCUUAUGGCCCAAGCAAAAUCAACCAGAGGAUCCACUAUACAGCCAUAAAUUUCAUCAUUUUCAGCAUUAUUCUUUUGCAACUGUGUCUUCUUUUCUUCUCUCUGCUGAGAGCAGGGUUAAUUGGCCCCACAAUUGUCUCUGGUAUUGGCCUGGGUCUUUCCCUUCUCCUUUUUUUCUCUCAAGCUCUCAGCCAAGUCUUCUUGAGACCUGAUCCUUCUGGAACAUCUGGAACAAUGGCUGAAGAGUCUCAGUCAGAAUGCCAAGUUGGAGGAAUCCAUGGCACUUACGUGCCACGAGUACUUCAUCCUGGGGGAGGCUUGUAUGGUCCUACAACCAAUGCCACUCACUCUCAACCUCAUGCCUCCUAUGGAAACUUUCAAACUGGACAGGCAUUGAACCUGGAUGAUCCUUCUCAGCAGGAUACCCUUUAUCAGCACUACAAUGGCACAGCCAAGAUCUAUGUGGAUUGGCAUCUGCAAUCUCCAAAUUAUGAAGACUCCAAUGCAUCUGUCUUCUUGCAUGGCAAACUCCCCUUCUCACCCUACUUCCUGUUGAGGAACCUCUCCCCUCCCCUGAAGCACAACAGUGAGAUGGUUCUUGGAGAGUCAGAAGAGGAGGAUACGUAUAGAGUGACGCACAUCAAAUCCAAGAUUCCCCGACAUCAAUCAACGAUUGAAGAUGAGUGA